AUGUCCAAAACCACUGAAUCCAGCGACAACCUGCCUCACCCCCCGCCGCUCACCCCGGAGCAGCGCAAGCUCAUCACCGCAACCGUCCCCAUCCUCGCGGAGCACGGCAUAGCCAUCACCACCCUCUUCUACGAGCAGCUGCUCGAGGCCAAUCCCGAGCUGCGCAACGUCUUCAGCCACAGCAACAAGGAGCGCGGCCUCCAGGCGGAGGCGCUCGCCCGCGCCGUGUACGCCUACGCCGCCAACAUUGAGGACCUCACCCCCAUUCUCCCCGUCGUGGAGCGUAUCGCGCACAAGCAUGCCUCUAUUCAUGUCGCGCCCUCCCAUUACGCCGUCGUCGGAAAACACCUCCUCGAUGCUAUCACGCAGGUCGUGGGCGCCGACAUCUUCAAGGGCGACCUGUACGAGGCAUGGGGCGCCGCGUACUGGAACCUCGCCCAUGUCUUCAUUAACCGUGAGCACGAGCUGUACGAAGCGGCUCAGUGGGUCGGCUGGCGCGAGUUCGUUGUCGCUAGGAAGGUCCGGGAGACGGAGGAGGUCACGUCUUUCUACCUCAAACCGAAGGAUGGGAAGUCCCUCGCACCGUAUCGCCCUGGCCAGUACAUCUCUGUACAGAAAUUUGUGCCGGAGCUCGGCUUGCGACAGUGUAGACAGUAUUCGCUCUCAAACGCGCCGAACACGGAGUCCUUCCGCAUCACCGUCAAGCGCGAGCCCGGCGUUCGAGCUGGCGCACUCUCGGGAGCGCUCGAUACCGCACAGGUCGCCCACCCCGGCUGGAUGUCGAACCUCCUGCAUGCGACGCUCGCCGAGGGCGACCCGAUUGAGGUCGUGUUCCCGUUCGGCGAGUUCUUCCUCGAUGAUUCGUCCGCGCCCGUCGUCCUCCUCUCCGCGGGCGUCGGCCUCACCCCGCUCCUCGCCAUGCUGAACACGCUCGUGAAGGCUGACCUGAAGCGCGAGAUUAGCUGGGUGCAGGCGGUACGCAGCGGGCGCGUGCACGCGUUCCGGGAGCAUGUGCGCAAGGUGCGGGAGACGCAUCCUGACCGUGUGCAAACCCACGUAGUCUACUCCGACCCGAGCGCAAGCGAUGUUGAGGGCCGUGAUUUCGACGUGCGGGGUCGUCUUGACCUCGAGAAGGUGCCGCGAGACGUGCUCUGUCUGGACGAAAGGGACGCGCAGUACUAUGUGUGCGGGCCGGUGACGUUCAUGGCGGAUAUGGUCGGCGGUCUGAAGUCGCGGGGUGUGGACUCGAUCAGGAUUCAUGCGGAAGUAUUUGGGUCGGGGGCGACGCCGUAA